AUGUCUUGCCCUGAUUGGCUGAUCACCGGAUGCUCUUCAGGGUUUGGGCUAGAGAUAGCCCGCAGAGCCCUCACAAAGGGACACCGAGUUAUUGCGACCUCCCGGAAUCCCAAGAAGAACGAAGAUCUCGUUCAAGAGAUUGAGUCGAAGGGCGAUCGAUGGAUUGCCUUGGAUGUGACAGCGCCCGAUUUGUCGAGCGUGGUUGACAAAGCCAAGGCACUAUAUGGAACAAUUGACAUACUUGUCAACAAUGCUGGAUUUAGUCUCAAUGGAGGAUUCGAGGAUCUAAGCGAGGACGACCUCCGGGCCCAGUUUGAGACCAACGUCUUUGAUGUUUUCAAGAUGAUGAAGGCCGUGUUACCUGGGAUGCACGAGCGGCAGUCCGGUAUUGUGAUCAACAUUGGAUCAACGGGCGGUCUGAGAUCUUUACCUGGUGUCAGCCUAUACGCAUCGUCAAAACAUGCCCUGGAAGGCCUCACUGAGGCCGUUUGGCACGAAUACCGCGACUUCAACGUUAAAAUUGUUCUGGUUGAACCCGGCCCUUUUCGGACCAAUUUUUUGGGUGGAAAUGCGGCCGUCAUCCGUCCGAUGAGCUCGUUUUACAAAGGCACGAGCACUGAAACCACCUUGAAUCACCUUAAAGAUUCCCAUGGAGACCAACCAGGAGACCCAAUCAAAGCUGCCACAAUAAUUGUUGAUUACGCGUUGGGUGAAGGAUCAGCCAAAGGGUCUAAUGAGUUCUUGAGACUGCCCUUAGGGUCUGGAGCUCUGAAAAUAGUUCAAGGCAAGAUCGAGUCGCUGGAAGAGAACUUGGCAGGGGUGAGGGAAAUGGCCCAGAGUGCAGACUUCUGA